ACAAUAUUAUAAAUAAAGUGCAGCAGUGGUAAGUGCAUAUUAAAGUGGCACAUAGUGAGUUAAAAACAUCAAAAUCUCUUGAAUGAACUCUUAGAAUUUCAUGCAGAAGCAUAUAACACUUUAAAUACAUACACCUGUAUUUGUAAUUAUAUUCAUGUGUUUCAAUAUACAGGAUAAAAGAUAAGAAGGAGGAACGCUCACCUGUACAGAGCAGUAAUGGCGCCGACUAGCAUAGACAGUUCUCCACUGCGCAGGUGAAAAAAGGCCGUAACGGAAUACGUGAGAGUUUAUCUGAGAGAAAGAUGAAGCAUUUCUCCUGGCUGCUGGUGCUUAUUUUCAUCUUCAAGGAGGUGAAGAGUCAAAGUGGAGAUGAGGAAGGAAGCUGUCAACGUAUUAUGAACAUAUUCCCGGCCAAACUCAGAGAUCUGAGAUCUACAUUCCAGAAAGUCAAGGACUAUUUUCAAAUGAAAGACAAUGCCCUUGACACAAUAUUGCUUGAAAAAGAUUUGCUGGAUGACUUUAAGAGUUCAAUUGGUUGCCAGACUGUAUCUGAAAUGAUUCGUUUCUACCUGGACGAUGUCCUACCUCAUGCAAAAGGCGACAAAAAUGAUGUCAAAUCAAAUGUUCAUUUCAUGAAGGACAAGCUCCUGGACCUGAGACAAACAAUAAAACGCUGUCAACAUUUUCUCCCAUGUGACAGAAAAAGCAAAGCAGUACAACAAAUAAAGAAAAAGUAUAGUACGUUAAAAGAACAAGGAAUCUACAAAGCAGUCGGAGAAUUUGACAUCUUUAUUGAUUACAUUGAGGAAUAUCUGAUGACCAGGAGAAAGUUAUAGCACCUACUUUGCUUUAUUCUCAACCCAACUCAUAUAUGUGACCUGCUGAAUGAAAACAAAAACCCUCCCAGUGAUGACUUGUGAGGGUAUCUCAAGUAUCAUUGUCAUAACAUGUUUUAAAAUGUCACGUGGGAGAUACUCAGUCAUUUAAUGUUCUGCUGUUUUUUGUAGGAAAUAUGAAGUACAAACUGGGCUUUGUUAGCUACAGGGGAACAUAUAAAGAGCAUUCAGUUGAAUGUGAGAUAUAUCUACAAAGAAUUAUGGAGGGUGAUAUCUGAUCAUGUUGAUU